UGUUUGUGGGUAGGGAGUAGUGGAAAUUUACAGUCUCCUACGUUGGUACCUGGGUUGACUGUCACAAGGAGGCUGUGUCCAAUCUCUACUUUGGAUUUAAUUGUCUUUAGCCAAGGGGCGGGCCGUGCUGUCAGCUCCACUUCUUGUGACCCGUGUGUGCAUAAAGGCAUUCAGUACAGAGGAAUGGUGACAGCUGAGAGAGAGGAUCACUAUACAUAGUCGCAAGCCAUGAAGGAAAUCAUGGCAUCAAAAGAGAAGCUCCAAUGCCUAAAAGACUUCCAUAAGGACACCCUCAAACCUUCACCUGGGAAGAGCCCGGGCACACGGCCUGAGGACGAGGCCGAAGGAAAGGUUCCUCAGAGGGAGAAGUGGGCCAGCAAGCUCGACUUUGUCCUGUCUGUGGCCGGAGGCUUUGUUGGAUUAGGAAACGUGUGGCGAUUUCCUUAUCUUUGUUAUAAAAAUGGUGGAGGUGCAUUCCUCAUCCCCUACUUCAUCUUCCUUUUUGGAGGUGGGCUUCCUGUGUUUUUCUUGGAGGUGGCACUCGGUCAGUACACCUCUGAGGGGGGGAUCACCUGCUGGGCCAAACUCUGCCCCAUCUUCACUGGUUAG